AAUUACAAUUACGCUGGACCUGGAAAAUAUUGAUUUUUUUAUUAUUUGAAAAAAAAUGUAAAUAUUGUACAUGUAACAAAACAUCCGUUACAACUUUAAACUAAACGACAACACCCUGUCCGUUAACUGGUGGAAAAGAAGACCGGAUGUGACGAUAGAGUUUCUAAGCGAUUAAAUUGCAUUUCUUAUUAUUUUCAUUUUAUUCGAAUGUGUAUUGUUUUUCUCUACAGUUUACAGUUGCUGCUAAACUUAUUUAUAUUUCGCUAGAAAUGUUUAUAGUGUUAUGGCGAAUAUUUUGAUCAAAUUAAGCUUAAAAUCGCAAACCUUUGUUGUACGCUGACGUUGCCUGCAAACGACUCCUAUUGGAUUGCCAAGCUGUCAGUCAGUUAUUUUCUACAGUCUGUUUGGUUGAGGAAGCAGUGACGUUUUAAAUAAUAAAGAUACCGGAAGUUCGAAUAUGUAUGAAUAUGUAGCUGCCUUCACAGUAGUAUUUAGACUAAUAAACCACCCCGGAACGGGAUGUACAUUUUAUAUGUACAGUUACUGGCGCAACGAGAACAAUUUUGAUUUUUGAAUUUUACCUAAUUCUUUUUAUUUUGGGUAAACAAAAACGCUCUGCGCGCUGUUACGUCAUUGUGCUGCGACUGGUGUCACUUUCAAACAUGGCUUCCCGGUUAGAAAUAAAUUUCAUCCGACUGUUGUCUCGCUGUGAAUCUAUCGCCUCAGAGAAACGAGGAGAGGCGGAAUGGAGGUUGGAGAAGUAUGUGGCUGCUCUGGAGGAGAUGCUUGUGGCUCUGAGGAAAAGUCUGAGCAAACCCACACCAGAAGUCCUGACAGAUUACACCAGAAAAGUAGAUUUCCUGAAGGGACUCCUAGAAGCAGAGAAGUUGUCUUCAACAACAGAAAAAGCUUUAGCCAAUCAGUUCCUGGCCCCCGGGCGAACGCCCACCAUAGCCACUGAGAGGAUGCCGGCCACAAAAACCGUCCACAUACAGUCAAAGGCUCGCUGCACAGGAGAGAUGAGGGACGAGCUGCUCGGCACAGUUGGUCCAGUCAACGGCACAUCAGAAACAGAGCUGCGGAACAGAAGAGGUCUUCCCCUGGACGAGCGUCAGUCCGCAGCAGAGCUGGACGCCGUCCUGCAGCAUCACCACAACCUGCAGGAGAAACUGGCUGAAGACAUGCUGAAUCUGGCCCGAAACCUGAAGAACAACUCCAUGGCUGCACAGAACAUCAUCAAACAGGACAACCAGACUCUGGGUCACUCCAUGCGUCAGGCCGACGUGAACUUUGAGAAACUAAAGACAGAGUCGGAGCGACUAGAGCAGCACACCAAGAAGUCUGUGAACUGGCUGCUGUGGCUGAUGCUCAUCCUGGUCUCCUUCACCUUCAUCAGCAUGAUCCUCUUCAUCAGAAUCUUCCCCCGGCUCAGAUGAUGAUGAUGAUGAUGAUGAUCAUGAUCGCUCACAGAUCUGAACUCUUAGUCCCGUCUCAGCCCGCAGAACCAGAGCGACAUGGGCCUCCAUGAAUCUAGGUAGAACGUCUGAACGUGUUCUGGUUUUCAGAGUCGGAACAAUUUAGUCUGAAGGACUGAAACAUUUGCA